UCGAUCUUAAUCCUGAGUCUCUAGGGUUUCUUCCACUCGAUCUUCCAAGAAACCUAAUGGCCGAAGAAGCACAGUAUUCAUCGGGCACCGAUACCACGACUCACAAGCGCAAGUACGAAGAGCCAUCGCUCUCUCAAUCAACUCACAGGCCAACUGGCUUCUCGGCGCCGAUCGCGUCUACGUCUCCCGAUGGUUCUCAUGCUCCACCUCCCUCCUACAACAGCGUCCCGCCCCCGGCGGCAACUGGUAUCGAGCUUGCCAAGCAGCGGGCUCAGGAGGUUGCUGCUCGCCUUUUGAACAGUAGUGGAGCAACUGGGUUGGAUGCCAAACGUUCCAAGGUUGAGAACGGUGCUUCGGGAUUUGAUGCCAGCGCAGAUGCGAAGCCACAGUACUCAGUCCCAUCAGCUGCUCCCAUUUCUUAUGCCUAUCAGGGUACUAGCAAAAAGAUAGACAUUCCGAAUGGAAGGGUCGGCGUUAUUAUUGGCAAAGGCGGGGAGACAAUCAAGUAUCUUCAAACGCAGUCUGGAGCAAAGAUCCAAGUUACCCGUGAUAUGGAUGCAGAUCCAAAUUCUCCAACAAGGAUGGUGGAACUUAUGGGCACUCCUGAUCAAAUUGCUACUGCUGAGAAAUUGAUCAACGAAGUUCUUGCUGAGGCUGAAGCUGGAGGUUCUGGUAUUGUCGCUAGGCGACUGACUGGACAAGCUGGGUCUGAACAAUUUGUGAUGAAAAUUCCAAAUAAUAAAGUUGGACUUGUAAUUGGAAAAGGAGGAGAAACGAUAAAGAAUAUGCAAGCUCAGACUGGAGCAAGAAUUCAGGUGAUACCAUUGCAUCUUCCCCCAGGUGACACAUCAACGGAAAGAACAUUACAAAUUGAUGGAACCAGUGAACAAAUUGAGUCUGCGAAACAGUUGGUUAAUCAAGUCAUUAAUGAGAACCGUCUUAGAAAUCAAUCAAUGUCCGGUGGUUAUCCUCAACAAGGUUACCAAGCCCGACCACCUACAAGCUGGGUUCCUCCUGGUGCUCCUAUGCAACAACCUGGUUAUGGCUAUGUGCAGCCUGGAGCAUACUCUGGUCCAUCACCCCAGUACAAUAUGCCUCAACCACCAUAUCCAGGAUAUCCUAGCCAGUCAUCUGGUGGAUACUCCUCCAAUUGGGACCAGUCCUCUGUGCCACCUCAACAGUCAACUCAUGGUGGUGGUUACGAUUACUAUGGUCAGCAGCAACAGCAAAAUGCUGGGGGUCCUCCACCUGCAGCUGAUGGGACUGCUUAUAAUUAUGGUCAGCCACCUUCCUCUGGUUAUAACCAUCCUGGCCAGGGUUAUCCUCAGGACAGCUAUGGUGGGUAUAGUGCACCACCACAAUCAGGAUAUGGACAACCACCUACAUACGAUCAACAGCAAGGCUAUGGCUCAGCCUCCAACUAUGGCAGUGGCAGCAACCCAACACAGGAGGGCCACACCCCCAGUUAUGGGUCUCAAGGUGACUCAACCCAGCCUCCUCCAGCUGUCCCAACUUCAAUGUCCCAGCAAGGUUAUGGUUCAAACCAGCAGCCGAGCCCAAACCCAACUACCUAUCCAGCUCAAGGAGCUGCACAGCCAGGUUAUGGGAUGCCUCCAACUUCACAAGCAGCUUAUGGCAGUCAACCCCAAGCACAGUCUGGUUAUGCAGCUGGUUAUGGGCCCCCUCCCCCUCAAAAGCCUAGUGGCACUCCUGUAUACGGGCAGUCCACACAAUCACCUAGCACAGCAGGAGGCUAUGGUCAAUCUGGCCAAUUGCAACCAGGGUAUCCUCCGGCACAGCCCCCUUCUGGCUAUGCUCAAUCAGAAUCUGGUCAACAAAGAGCCCCACCGCCAUAUGGUUCUGCAGUGCAACCAGGUUAUGGGCCCCCACCAUACGGUGCUCCUCCUGGCGGUCAGCCUGGUUAUGGUCAGGCACCUCCAUCGUACAACAGUGGUUCUUAUGGUUCUGGUUACACUCAACCUCCAGUAUAUUCUGCUGAUGCUACUCCGGCACAGGCUGCUCAGCAAAGUGGUGUCACCAAAGCAUCGCCUCAAAGUUGAUGUAGUAGCGUGUUGAUCUUGAAUUUUUCGACUUAAUGGGCUUUUAUUGUUCUUUAUUGUACUAGUAACUAUAUAGGUUUGUAGUGUUUAGGUGGAAGCAUUGACGCUCUGACGGUCUACAUGUUUUGUAUGGGUUAUUAGGAAUUCAUAUUUCGUAUUCUGUACUCGAUGAUGGGCAUUUUGUUCAGACUUGAAUAUUUUGAACUA